AAGAUACUUAGGGAAAGCGAAGAAGAGCAUGCUGCUACACACCACUCUGGCUUACGCUUCCAGCUAACAGCGGUUUGUCUGUGUUUCUGGACUGAAGUGACUGAUGAAAAACAGUAGUCAAGUCUGGAGGGUGAUUCCCUUUCAGUUCACUUGCCUUUCACUUCUGGGGAAAUUAGAAGAUUUGCUCUCUCUCUCUGCUUCUUAGAAUGGGCUGCAAUUUGUGCACUUUUCAGAAAAGAGAGGAACACUACAAACUGCUGUAUGAAGUUUCCCAGGAGCUGUGACUUGAACAACGCUAUUCUGCAUGAAAUUGAGAAAUUGCCAAUGUUCCCAACCUGAUAGAUAGUAUGUGUGAGAUCUUAGUUCUGCUUCAUUAAGCUCUUGUGAAUGAGUGGUAAGAGACAAUUUUUCCUUAAAACUUUGGCAUUGUUGACAUGUUGGCCAUCCAUUGUCAAUGGGAAGGAUCUUUCGAAGGCCACCCACGAAGAGGCAGUGGAAGCCUUUCGCAAUGCCAAGGAGCCCAUUGUGGUGCAGGUGUUAAGGCGAACACCUCUUAGUAGACCGGCCUAUGGGAUGGCUCCAGAAGUGCAACUCAUGAAUGCCAGCACUCAGACGGACAUCACCUUCGAACACAUCAUGGCCCUGGCCAAGCUUCGGCCACCUACCCCUCCAGUGCCAGACAUCUGUCCAUUCCUGCUCUCAGACAGCUGCCAUUCUCUGCAUCCAAUAGAGCAUGAAUUUUAUGAGGACAAUGAGUAUAUUUCCAGCUUGCCUGCUGAUGCAGACAGAACAGAAGAUUUUGAAUAUGAGGAGGUCGAGUUGUGUCGUGUUAGCAGUCAAGAGAAGCUGGGCCUGACAGUCUGUUACCGAACAGAUGAUGAAGAAGACACCGGCAUUUAUGUCAGCGAGGUUGACCCAAAUAGCAUUGCUGCCAAAGACGGCCGGAUUCGAGAAGGGGAUCGGAUUUUGCAAAUAAAUGGGGAAGAUGUCCAGAAUCGAGAAGAAGCCGUGGCCUUGCUGUCUAACGAUGAGUGUAAGAGAAUCGUGCUGCUUGUUGCAAGGCCAGAGAUUCAGCUAGAUGAAGGCUGGCUGGAAGAUGAAAGGAAUGAAUUCUUAGAGGAGUUAAACUUGGAGAUGUUGGAAGAAGAGCAUAGUGAAGCAAUGCAGCCCACUGCCAAUGAGGUGGAGCAGCCAAAAAAGCAAGAAGAAGAAGAAGGCACAACAGACACUGCAACAUCCUCAUCCAACAACCAUGAGAAGGACAGUGGAGUAGGACGUACAGAUGAAAGCUUGCGAAAUGAUGAGAGCUCAGAGCAGGAGAAUGCAGCUGAGGACCCCAAUAGCACAUCUUUGAAGAGCAAGAGAGACCUGGGGCAGAGCCAAGACACUCUAGGAAGUGUUGAACUUCAGUACAAUGAGAGCCUCGUGUCUGGUGAAUACAUUGACUCAGACUGCGUUGGCAACCAAGAUGAGGACUGUGAAAGAUUCAGGCAGCUCUUGGAGCUCAAAUGCAAGAUUCGAAAUCAUGGAGAGUAUGACCUGUAUUACUCGAGCAGCACAAUUGAAUGCAAUCAAGGGGAGCAAGAGGGAGUGGAGCAUGAGCUACAGUUGCUUAAUGAAGAGCUGAGAAACAUUGAGCUUGAGUGUCAGAAUAUCAUGCAAGCUCACAGGCUCCAGAAAGUGACAGACCAGUAUGGAGACAUCUGGACAUUGCAUGAUGGAGGAUUCCGGAAUUACAACACCAGCAUAGAUCUGCAAAGGGGAAAGCUGGACGACAUCAUGGAGCAUCCAGAAAAGUCUGACAAGGACAGUUCUAGUGCUUACAACACAGCUGAGAGCUGCAGAAGUACUCCGCUCACCGUAGACCGUUCCCCUGACAGUUCCCUUCCAAGGAUGAUCAACCUCACCAAUAAGAAAAACCUGAGAAGCACAAUGGCAGCCACCCAGUCCUCUUCCGGACAGAGCAGUAAAGAGUCGACCUCCACCAAAGCCAAAACCACUGAGCAAGGCUGUAGCGCUGAAAGCAAGGAGAUUUUGGAAGGCAGCAAGCUUCCUGAUCAAGAGAAGGCAGACAGCGAACACAUCCCUUACCUCUCUCCUUACCACAGCUCCUCAUAUAGAUAUGCAAACAUCCCAGCACACGCCCGGCAUUAUCAAAGCUACAUGCAGUUAAUUCAACAGAAAUCUGCCGUCGAGUAUGCUCAGAGUCAGCUCAGUUUGGUGAGCAUGUGCAAGGAGUCUCAGAAGUGUUCAGAGCCCAAGAUGGAAUGGAAGGUGAAAAUUAGGAGCGACGGGACACGGUACAUCACAAAGAGACCCGUGCGAGACCGCAUCCUGAAGGAACGUGCCUUAAAGAUCAAGGAGGAGCGGAGUGGCAUGACCACAGACGAUGACACCAUGAGCGAGAUGAAAAUGGGGCGCUACUGGAGCAAAGAGGAGAGAAAGCAGCACCUGCUUAGGGCCAAAGAGCAGCGCCGCCGCCGUGAGUUCAUGAUGCGCAGCCGGUUAGAGUGUCUCAAGGAGAGCCCUCAGAGUGGCAGUGAGGGCAAGAAGGAGAUCAAUAUCAUUGAACUGAGUCACAAAAAGAUGAUGAAGAAGAGAAACAAGAAAAUUUUGGACAACUGGAUGACAAUCCAAGAACUGAUGACCCAUGGGGCCAAGUCUCCAGAUGGCACAAGAGUCCAUAAUGCCUUCUUGUCGGUGACCACUGUAUGACCGAAUGAAUGGAAUGCAUGUGACUGAUUUUCAGAGGAUGCUACCAGUUUCGGUAGAGUAUGAUUGCCUCGUUCAAUGUGGCGUUUUUAUAUAUAUUUUGUGACUCUUUAUAGUUUAAAUUUUUUGUAAGCAAAAAAUACCUGGUAAAUUUUCAUUUGUUUUUCAUAUACUGGUACCUUCGUUUUGGCUGAGAUCUUUCUUUUACUUGUGAUAUAUUCAUAUUACUCGUUUAUUAAAAAAAUCAAAAACAAAAGGAAAGAAAACAAAAAAAAAACUUGCACAAAAAUACUGAGGAGCCAAUUAAUUUCCUACUUCAAUGUAUCUAAUGUAAGUGAAAAUCUGGAUUUAUUUCUCUAGUUUACUUAUUUUCUACUUUAAUAACAACUUAAUGCCAAAACAUUUCUAUGCUUGUUUCUUGGCAUAAUAUGUUUGAAAUCAAACCUGUUUGUAAUAAAUCAUGUGCCACAUCUUGUCUUACACAUAAAAGCCACUGCUUUUUAACAUCCCAUUGUACAUUUAACAUAUAAAUGGUGUUAACAUCUCAUUGUACAUUUAACACAAAAAUGGCCAUUGUCUUUGUCUCAGUAAAGUGUAGGUGGACAAUCUUCCUGUGAUAUGUAGUGACAUUGGUCAUGUAGCUAGAUAAUGGUGGUAAUUGUGACAAUUAAAGAGAAAUAAAUUAUUGAUUAUCCUUCAGAAAA